GUAGAGGAAGGAGUGAUAUUACCUUGUCUCUACGAUCUCUCUGGCCAUAUGUUCAUGAAAAGUUUUAGAGUAUCAAUGCUAGCGUGUAAAAUAUUUAUUUAUUUAACAUUGUAAAAGGAAUAUUUAUAUCUGAAAGGAAAUAACAUCAUUAAUUUAUUAUUAAAAAAUGCUUAGUCCAGAAACAUGGAAUUUUAAAUCACCUCAGUAUCAUUUUUCUACCGAAAAAAGAGAUUACAGGAAAAGUGAUAUACCAGACGUAGUUAAAUCACAUUAUUUUAACCAUUCUGUAUCUUUGGUACUUCCUGAUACAACUAGAGUUCCGGACGAACUGCGAACUUGUCUUUUGGAAGAUAGCGAUUAUUAUCGUAUUGAUGGGCUAAAUGUAUUUGAAUUAAUAAAUAAAGAAUUUAUCGAAGCAUUCGUCAAGAAAGGAGAGUUGACACUUUUAACAAUAGAAAAUAAAAUAGAUAUAGACAAUUCAGUUGCUAUUACGCCAGCUGGACAUUUAAUAUUAUCUUUAUUAACAGAGGAUUAUCAAAAGCUUGGUUUAGAAGGCAAAGCUUCUUUCUUUGACCGUAAAGUUCAUACACGUUAUGUUAUAACUAUUGAUUUAAAGUCUGAAAGUUUUACACCUGGCAAAAAAAAUUAUAAACACGUUCAAACGUCAUUAAAGGAGCGCCUUAAUAAGCGAUUCAAUAUAAUUGUGUCAUGGAAUCCACCAGACGAUAAUCUAUGCCCUUCAUCUGUAGCAGCAUGGUUUCAUAAGUAUAACUAUAAUGUAUCUCUGUGUCAACAAACAUUUUCACAAAGAAUUGAAUGUUCUUUACCCAUACCGAUAAUUUCUGAUGAAUCUGAUAAAGAUAAAUUUUUUGAAUGGCUUGGAGUUCUUAGUAUCUGUGGUAACUUGAAUAAUAAUACAAAGAAUGAUUAUGUGAACACAUAUAAAUGUCCAUCGCCAUUUAUAAACGUUGGCCAAGUACGGUAUUUACAAUGGACUGGUUUCUUUACAAGAAAACAAAUUAAAAGUUUAUACACUGUUGUGAAAGAAUAUGUAUCAAUGAUACAUACUUUACCGUGGGCAGCUUUACAUGUUCAAGGAUUCUCAGAUAGCCCUGUUAGUUGGGAUUUAAAAGAACAUACAUUUUAUACAGAUGGUGAUAAUAGCUAUACUAUUGUAUUUAGACCAGGUGCUCAUUCUAUUAUACGUAAAAGUUUAAGUUCAAAUAAUAAAUCAAGGAUUUUUCAAUAAUUGUUGUAAUUUUAUUAUAAUCGAUAAAU